GCAGUAGGUAUUUGUGAAGCAAUAGAUCCUGCCAUUAAAGACAAGGUAGCAGAACUGAUUGGGAUGAGCGUUAGACGAGUGAGUGAUGUUAAAAGAUACUUGGAGCAUUAUGUAAAGAAUAACCUUUUCAAAGGCACAGCUAUUCCACCCAAAACAAGAAGAAGAUAUUUCCCCAGAAGGAAGGAUAUCGCAAACGAGAUUGCUAAAAUUAAGAGAGAAAAACUUUCCUGA